AUGGCCGAAAAUGACCCUACUGAUCCAGUUUCAGUAGCAGUUGCAGAGCUAGUAGGAAUGGCUGACAUGCUGAGAAGAAUGAGGGAUUCUUGCUGGAAUAAGUGCAUAUCCUCAGUUAAGAAUCCACAGCUGGACGUCGGAGAGAUCAGUUGCACAGACAGAUGCGUAAACAAGUAUCUGGAUAUCCACACACAAGUGGGAUUUCAGCUACAGAAGACGUCGCAGAGCAUGGAACAGUAG